GCCGCGUCACGCAUCACGCGCAGAAGGAAAGUCAGUCGCUCGACCCGAAAGGGAGGCCCCGCCCGCGGGUUGGAGUGCUAUAUGGAGCAGUCACUGUGCUCCUCGCUCUCCAGCUCCCCUAGUGGUGACCCGAUGAACUAGAGCUUUGGAAGAAGAGCCGGCGAGGAACUUGCCGUUCGCCGGCUACAAUUCGCAGCCGAGGUGCAUCGUCUCUCGGCUCGCGACCGCUCGGACUUCUUCAACCUGCAACGAAAGCGCCCAAGCGCUUGGGGAUCUCGCCUUUUCGGAGCAAAACCUCAAGGAUGAAGAAAACCUUGUUACUAGAGCCUGCCAUUUUCUUAUAUGUUUUUGCCUAUUCUUUGACAUCUCCUCUGAAGCAGCAAUAUGUAUACAAAAGGAUCUGGGAAGAAACCACCAACUCCACCUUCAUAGUUCAAGAUAAUAUUUCUCAUUGUGAACUGAAUCAAAGCAACCCAACCUAUGUGAAGCAAAAGGAAGUCCAAGAAAAAGCCUCUCUCUUUGCUAUGAAAACAGACUUAUGUGGGGCAAUUUUCAGCAUUUUGGUGGCCUUUUUCCUCGUAGCAAAUGGAGAUCGAUAUGGACGCAAAAUAUCAUUGGUUCUUCCCCUGGUGGGGAGCCUUACCAGCAGCAUCUUCCUCUUUGUUAUGUCGGACUUGUCUUUGCCCAUCUACCUUUUCUUUGUUUUCUCCUUGGUUGCGGGCCUGUUUGGAGACUUGGCUACUUUUCUUGGAGGAGCCUUUUCCUUUGUGGUUGAUUGCUGUGAGACUCAAAAAAACAAGACCAUCCGAAUAGCUGUGAUUGACUUAAUCUUUGGGUUCACAUCUGGAUUGGGAGGAUUGGUCUCAGGCUACAUUCUAAAAGAAAUAGACUUUAUGUGGACAUUUGCCACGAUUUCUCUAUUUCACAUGGUCAAUAUUUUCUAUGUCAUAUUUUGCUUGGACGAAACAGUGAAAGUCUCUGCAAUCCAGGCACAAUCUUGGCGGGAAGGUCUUAAAGACACUCUGUCUGGAGUAUAUAUGCUCUUUAAAUCCUCCUCCUUCAGGAAGCGAAUUUUAAUCAUCUUGCUGCUUUGCGUAUUCAUGACUUACCUUUUCACAGUCUAUGGAGGGCUUAGUCUCUAUGUGCUAUACGAACUGAAUGCUCCCCUCUGUUGGAAUGCCAUUUACAUAGGAUACGGCUCAGCUGUGUCCACCUCAGUCUCUGUGACUGGAUUCUUAGGGAUUGUUUUUCUUUCUCAGUACCUGAGAGAUAGCUAUCUUGUUUUUAUUGGAAUCUUCUCUUAUAUGGGAGGAAGUAUCAUGGCCGCCUUUGCCAACACUACAUUGUUGAUGAUGUUGGUGAGAAUACCAUCGAUGCUCCUUUUCAUACCCAUUCCAGUUAUUCGAGCCAUGUUGUCGAAAACAGUUCUUCCUAAUGAACAAGGAGCUUUAUUUGCUUGCAUUGCUUGCUUAGAGGUUGUGACUGGGACCAUUUCAACUGCUGUUUUUAAUACUAUCUAUGCAAUGACUGUAGCAUGGUUUCCUGGCUUCAGUUUUCUGUUAUCAGCUGGCUUCUGCAUACUUCCACUGAGUUUAAUGAGUUGGUUUAUGUGUGUAACUCGACAGGAAGAGAACUAUGUGCAACUCAUAAAUGAAGAGGACUGUCCUGACCAGAACAGUGACAGCUGAACAAAGAAUACAUCUAGCAGUUACUGCUCUCAAGUUCUAUAAUGGCUUAACCUGUGGACGGGGUUGCCAGAGUUUCACUGCUUUCAAUGGCUCCAUUUUGAGAAUUCCACAAUAAUUGAUUGGCUCAAGUUUGCUUUUAUUUUGGAUUGCUAUUGGGUGCCUGCAAGGGAUGCAAAGUAAAUUUAACUGUGCUUUAUAUCCCCCAAAUGUUGACUGUGGGGAUUUCCUGUCUUAGAUUUCUUCCCAUUGCUGGCCAGUCACAAAUUGUCCUUUGAUCCAAACUAGGUCAAAACAUAGGUCAACUAAAAAAAUGUAUUUGCUUCAUCAGAUCAGAUUAUAAAAUUAUGAUAAAUAGGCAAGUUAUGCUUAAAAUAUUGAUUGGAUUAUAUGUAUUUUCUAAUCCCUCCACUAAUUUGUGUCCUGAAUUAAAAAUUCUCAAAGAUUUAUUUAUUUAGGUCACUAGGGGUAAUCCUUCACCAUCACCCUAUGAAGUAAGUAUUUCUUCUUUUGGGUCUCUGUCGGAAUUCUUUAACCUGUAUUACAUUCAUUGGUUCCUCUUUUAACAAAUGCAUAGGCUUAAGAGAGAAAGUGUGAAGUAGUUAGUAAGAGAUUGGGCUGGAACUAAGGAGAACUAGAUAAAAGUUUGCUCUCCACUAUAGAGCAUCCGGAUCUAGGACAAAAGUCAACCAAACUUACUUCACUGGUUGUUGUGGAGAGAACAAGAAAGGCCACGAUGUAUCUUGACUUAAAGAACGGAAUGUAAUAACAGUAAAGUUCAGUGAUUCAUACUCCUUACAGGAAUUGAAAAGCAAAGAGAAGCAGUGAUAAGCCACUCUGUAAAUCAUAACCCUCCAUUCUCCUAACUUAUUUACUUUUUGUAAAUAGGGUUUUAUGUAGAACACGGGUGUCGAACUCAUGGCAUCACAGUGCCGUCAUGUCACAUUUUUCCCAUUUGCAGAGUUGGGGUGGAUGUGGUCUGUGCAUGAUGCAUCUGGCCCGCAGGCCACCAGUUUGACACUCCUGAUGUAGAAGAUACAGCAAAAACCAUACAUUUGCACUGUAGGAUGGGAAAAAAAGGGUCAACCAAUAGGCGAACAUAGCGUUCUAGUAGGGUCCAAGAACCUGUAAACUAGAAAUUUCCUUCAGACAAUAGAAAGCAUAUC